AUGGCUUCGGGGUCGAACUCUUUGAUUUGGUUCAGGAAGGGGUUGAGACUCCAUGAUAACCCAGCUCUGGAGUACGCAGCUAAAGGGUCGAAGUUUCUAUACCCGGUUUUCGUGAUUGAUCCACACUACAUGGAGCCCGACCCGACUGCCUUCUCUCCCGGUUCUUCCAGAGCCGGGUUGAACCGGAUCCAGUUCCUGCUUGAAAGCCUAGUUGACCUUGACUUGAGUCUCAAGAAGCUUGGUUCACGCUUAUUGGUGCUCAAGGGUGAGCCUAGUGAGGUCUUGAUUCGCUGCUUAAAGGAGUGGAGCAUAGGGAAGCUUUGCUUUGAGUACAACACAGAGCCCUAUUAUCAAGCUUUAGAUGUAAAGGUCAAGAACCACGCUUCUGUAGCUGGUGUAGAAAUUUUCUCUCCUGUGAGUCACACCCUCUACAAUCCUGCUGAUAUAAUAAAUAAG